GAUCUUGUCCAUGUGACUUUGGUUUCCGUUGCUAGCCUGCUUCCGCAAAUACUAAUUGCACGGCUCUGCUGUGUAGAGAACACACACCACUCGACCCACCAGCGCUGCAUCGCGCACAACCGGAGAUAUGGUCAACAGCUCAACCGACUGUGGCUUGAAGGACCCACAUCUAACCAUCAGCCCAGGAUGUUAAGAUGCUCAUCCACGGCCUCUUCCCCUACCCUGCUCUGUCUAACCCUCUGGUCCCUGUGUAGCCUCCUGAUGCCUGCCUUCUGCCAGCCUCACCACAGCCCCUGCAGACUGACCCAAAAGACUGCUCUCUGUAGCAACAGUGAGCUCUCGUCUGUACCCGAGGGCCUACCUGACAGCAUAGAGGACCUCCACCUGAACCACAACCACAUUCAGACGCUACAAGAUGACUCCCUCUCCCGCUACGUCUCCCUUCGUACUCUAAACUGUGCCGACAACCGCUUGGAGACAGCGGGGUCCAAGCUCUUUCACAACUCACCUCAUCUAGAGAGCCUCAAUCUAGCUGCCAAUAACCUUCACGUUGGAUACCGGCAAACUAGCCUGGCGCUGCUCACCUUGUCUAGACUCAGAGUUCUGGAUCUGUCAGAAAACCAGCUUACAGAGGACAUGGUCUCCGUCCUCCUCCAGAACAUGACGUCGCUGGAGUACCUCAACCUUUCCAGGAACCUCCUGUUGAGGCUGGAUGAAAGCUCCUUCAGCGACCUCCACCAGCUCAGAGAGCUGGACCUGCAGAGGAACAUGCUGUUUGAGAUUGACGAGUCCUUCGAUCACCUGCACAAGCUCCAGAGACUCAACCUGGCCUUCAACUACCUGCCCUGCCUGGUGCACUUCCACAUGACCCAGCUGGUGGUCCUCAAUGCCAGUCACAAUGCCAUUGAGUGGUUCAUAGCCAACCAAGACCUCCAGGAAGUCUUCCAGCUGGAGACCCUGGAUCUCACAGACAACAACCUCCUCUUCUUCCCCUUUCUGCCCACCCACAGCCGCCUGAGGAACCUCCAUCUGUCCCAGAACAGGGUGAGCUUCUACGAACACCUGGCGGACACCGCUGCCUACCCCAACUGGAAAACCAGUGUCCAGUUCUACAACCUGAGGGGCAACAUGAGCAACGUCACAGCCAAGUUGUGGGAUGAGAGCCUGCACGGGGACAUCUCCUCUCUAGACCUGCUGGAUCUGAGUGGAAAUCAGGUGGGCUACUUCCCCAAAGGGUUCAUCAGCAAAAUGCCAAGCCUGACCAGACUCAGGAUGUGGACAAACUGUCUCGAGGUCUUGAAUCUAACUAAGGAAAAGCUGCCGGGGACGUUGUACGAGUUGGACGUGAGCAACAAUAGGUUGACAGAGCUCCACGCCGACCAAGUUAGUUUGAGACAGCUAGGCAACCUGAGCUUCUUGAACCUGAGCCAGAAUGACCUGCAGAGUCUACCUGCUCAGCUGUUUUCCUCUCUCACCAGCAUCAGCUCUGUGGAUAUUAGCUACAACAGAGUUGGCGUGUGCCCCCUUGAGGCAUGGGGUGGGGGCAUGGGUGGGGGUAACCAAUCAGACUGUGUCGUUUGGAGAAACAUAAUUUCUCUGAGAUAUCUCCACCUAUCAGGGUGCAACCUGGGGAGGUUGCCAUCAUUAGCAUUCGUAGGGACGCCCCUAACACACCUGGAGCUGUCUAACAACCCAGAACUCGUCAUCGGACCCAGAUCGAUAAAUGACCUCAGCAGAACUUUACACCAUCUAGGAUUGGGAAACACAGGCCUGAAACACUUUGACUUCUCUCCUUUCCACCACUUGAAGUCUUUGAACAUUUCCAGAAACUCUCUUACUCAGCUCCCUGCUUCACUGCAACAUCUGGAGCUGAGGCUGCUGGACCUGAGGGACAACAAACUGACCACCGUCCCCUCAGCCCAGGCUAACGUGUUAGCCACAAAACUCCACACUGUUUUUCUCAACGGAAACACUUUCAACUGCUGCCAGUUGGACUGGUACAGGACGUUCGAGAGGGUAAAAACUGUCACUAUCAUGGACCUCUCAGAUAUUUCAUGUCAGGAUCUGACCAAAAGGACACACAGAGUGGUGCUUGUAGACUCUCUAAUAUGUGGCGGUAGUGACGGAGAGUCUGUGUACUGGUACAUCCUGCUGUUUAUCGUACCUGUUCUCUGUCUGGUUGGAAUGUCUGUUAUCUUCCUGCUCACCUUUAGGCCCAGACUGCUUCCCAUGGCCAUUAAAAAUACAUGCUGGAGUCACCUUCCCUGUGUUGUGGAAGAAAAGUCCAAUAAAGGAGACACUGGCCGUGUCCAAAUACCCAUACUAGAGUUCUAAGUAGAAGGAAAUAGAACGUUUUAUAGCAAGUGCAAUUACAAAAAAAACUAGUAUGCUUUAAAUGCCAGAAUGUUAUGUUACUUUGAGAAAGAUAAUCAUCUUUCCAGGCUCACGUGUGUUUGGCAACAGCUGAUAAUGAGAUCAUUCCUUUAUUUAAAUUAGGCAAGUCAGUUAAGAACAAAUUCUUAUUUGCUAUGACGGCCUACCCUUGCCAAUUUCUCGGCCAAUUGUGCACCGUCCUAUGAGACUCCCAAUCACAGCGGGAUGUGAUACAGCCUGGAUUCAAACCAGGUAUUGUAGUGACACCUCUUGCACUGAGAUGCAUUGCCUUAGACCGCUGCGCCACUCGGGAGCCCAAGGGGCUGUACCAAAAUGAAUGAAUGGCGGGAAUCAAUAGAAUUGCACAUUAGAUUAAUCACUCUCAGGAUCGAUGAGCCUAGUAUGUUGCUUACUGCAUUUGUUUGUACUAAACAGUACGUAUGUAGUACGAUUAGUACACAGAAUGUAGUUUUAGUAAGUAAGACAGAUUUCGGACACAGCCAUAGUCAUAAAUUACAAUUAUGUCAAAGUGUGAUGUUUUGCACAUACAGUAUCAAUACAAUUUCAAGGCAGAAACAAAUGUUUCCUUACAAAGCAAUUGAGUUUAGGUAAUUCAUAAACAAUGUCAUAUUACAUGUGGUGAUAUCUCCCAUUGGAAACACUUAAAACGAACAUAUCCUGCUAAACCAGAUAAAGAACUGCGUGUUACCAUGUUCAGCAGCAAGUCAACCUUUUUUUGCUUUGUGAUAAUCUGUAUGUGCUACGUGUGGUUGGUUCACACGAUCGCUGCCUCUGGGGGCCUGAAUGUGAGAAUAUGGCUACACUCCACGUCUUUGUGUGUGUGUGCGUGCGGUGUGCGUCUGUGUGCUGUGUGUGCAGAAGUUUUGUGAUGCAAACUGUUGCUAAAAGCAGCGGAGGAAACAUGACAUUUCCUGUUUUGCUGAGAUGUGCAUCAACUGCCCAGUUUUAUGUCGGACUCAGAAAGGACGGGUUGGCGGUUUUCACCUCAAGUCAUAUUUGUGAGGCACAGCUGCAACUCUGGUCACAGGGACCGCAAUUAUGUUGUUCUCUAGUGGUACACUAAUAUGCAUUUGAACAAUUUAAUUCUAGUAUUUGGAUAACUACAUCCUUCAAAUGUACUAUGUUAAUUAUAUAGAGAUAUAACAGGUUCUAUAUUUAUGGCCAGUCCUAUAGAGGAACACCAUGUUCUAUAUUUAUGGUCAGUCCUAUAGAGGAAUACCAUGUUCUAUAUUUAUGGUCAGUCCUAUAGAGGAAUACCAUGUUCUAUAUUUAUGGUCAGUCCUAUAGAGGAACACCAUGUUCUAUAUUUAUGGUCAGUCCUAUAGAGGAAUACCAUGUUCUAUAUUUAUGGUCAGUCCUAUAGAGGAAUACCAUGUUCUAUAUUUAUGGUCAGUCCUAUAGAGGAAUACCAUGUUCUAUAUUUAUGGUCAGUCCUAUAGAGGAAUACCAUGUUCUAUAUUUAUGGUCAGUCCUAUAGAGGAAUACCAUGUUCUAUAUUUAUGGUCAGUCCUAUAGAGGAAUACCAUGUUCUAUAUUUAUGGUCAGUCCUAUAGAGGAAUACCAUGUUCUAUAUUUAUGGUCAGUCCUAUAGAGGAAUACCAUGUUCUAUAUUUAUGGUCAGUCCUAUAGAGGAAUACCAUGUUCUAUAUUUAUGGUCAGUCCUAUAGAGGAACACCAUGUUCUAUAUUUAUGGCCAGUCCUAUAGAGGAAUACCAUGUUCUAUAUUUAUGGUCAGUCCUAUAGAGGAAUACCAUGUUCUAUAAUGAACUAAAAUAUAAAACACAACAUGCAACAAUUUCAAAGAUUUUACUGAGUUACAUUUCACAUAAGAAAAUCAGUCAAUUGCAAUGAAUUCAUUAGGCCCUAAUCUAUGGAUUUCACAUGACUGGGAAUACAGAUAUGGAUCUGUUGGUCACAAGAUAGCAUAGAAAAACAGGUAGGGGCUUGGAUCAGAAAACCAGUCAGUAUCUGGUGUGACACAUCUCCUUCUCAUAGAGUUGAUCAGGCUGUUGAUUGUGGCCCUGUGGAAUGUUGUCCCACUCCUCUUCAAUGGCUGUGCGAAGUUGCUGGAUAUAGGUGGGAACUGGAACACGGUCGUACACGUCAAUCCAGAGCAUACCAAACAUGCUCAGUGGGUGACAGGUUUAGUGAGUAGGCAGGCCAUUGAAGAACUGAGACAUUUUCAGCUUCAAGGAAUUGUGUACAGAUCUUUGCGACAUGGGGCCGUGCAUUAUCAUGAGGAAAUAUGAGGUGAGGGCGGUGGAUGAAUGGCACAACAAUGGGUCUCAUGAUCUCGUUAUGUUAUCUCUGUGCAUUCAAAUUAGCACAGAGCAUAGAUAAAAUGUAAUUGUGUUUGUUGUCUGUAGCUUAUGCCUGCCCAUACCAAAACCUCAACGCCACCAUGGGGAACUCUGUUCACAAUGUUGACAUCAGCAAACCGCUCGCCCACACGACGCCAUACACGUGGUCUACGGUUGUGAGGCUGGUUGGACGUACUGACAAAUUCUCUAAAACAACGUCGGAGGCGGCUUAUGGUAGAGAAAUUAACAUUCAAUUCUCUGGCAACAGCUUUGGUGGACAUUCCUGCAGUCAGCAUGCCAAUUCCACACUACCUCAAAACUUGAGACAUCUGUGGUAUUGUGUUGUGUGGCCUUUAAUUGUCCCAAGCAUAAGGUGCACCUGUGUAAUGAUCAUGCUGUUAUAUCAGCGUCUUGAUAUGCCAACACCUGUCAGGUGGAUGGAUUUUCUUGUCAAAGGAGAAAUUUUCAAUAACGGAUGUAAACAAAUUUGUGCACAACAUUUAGAUUUUUUAAAUUUCAGCUCAUGAAACAUGCGACCAACACUUUACAUGUUGUGUUUAUAUUUUUGUUUAAUGUAUGUCCUGCCCAUGUAUUUAAAAAGUAUUGUGCUUUUACUGUUUAAAACUGCUCUGUGACAAUCACUAUGCUCCAAUACAAAUAAACCCUGCCUAAAGUGAA